GCAGCAUGUCGACAGCACGGGCCCGUGGGGCGGCAACGUCGUCGCGCAGGGCUCGGGCCUCGAGCUAUCGGACAACGGGCAGCCCGCCCUCUCGCGCCUGUACACCGACAGCGACUUUUCGCACGACUCGAGUGCGGCCUCGCCGUACGACGACUAUUCCUCGGCGCCGUCGAGCGCGUUCUACUCGGCGCCAGGGCCCGACUCGCGCUUCGCCUCGCCGACCGACGACGCCGACCCGAUGCAGCACGCCUUCUUCGGCGCCGGCCCGCUCUCGUUCGACCCGUCGGCGCAGCACGUCGCGUUCGAGACGGGC